UGAACAAAGUCCCGGUUAAUUCAGAAGAGACUGUCUCUUGAUUAAAUCUACAGCGUGAACUUAACACACGACGGAAUGCAAGAGCAUUUUCAUUUUGGAUUUACUCGAACCGCAGCCAAUUAUUCCAUGACUCAUUCCGGCGAUUCUGUCAUCUCAGAAAUAAGAUGCUCUUCGCCUCAUAUAAAUAAACCCCACCGAUGCUCGAGCUGCACCGACAACCGACUCUCACAAACGAGGUCAUUUCCGGAGGACACCGACUGAGGCUAUACGUUUAUUCAGAUUACAAGGGAGUUUGCCUCAAUGAAGCUGCACGUGCUGCUCGCUGCUGUGUGUCUCGGUGUCUUCGUCUCGCUUUCUGGAUCGGCUCCGGGACACACGAACACGCAGCUGCCGGUUCUGAUGCGCUUAGGAGAGGAGUACUUCAUCAGGCUGGACAACGCCGACCGGAGAUCGCCGUCACGCUCUGAGGCGCUUCAGCUGCAGCUCACGCAGCUCGGUCGUGUCGGUAACGGGAUCAUGAACAGCCUCGAGGAGCGGGAGCGCCGGUCGGAGGAUCCGCCAAUUUCGCUGGAUCUGACUUUUCACCUGUUGCGCGAGGUGCUGCAGAUGGCGCGAGCCGAACAACUGGCCCAGCGCGCGAGCAACAACCGCAAGAUUAUGGACGAUUUAGGAAAAUAA